UAUUACGUUUAUGAGGCAGCGAUGGCGAGUGGUGACAGCAGACGAAGCAAGCGGACAUCGAAGCCAGCCCCGAAGCCGCCGCCCGGCGCGGCGCCGUGCCCGUCGCGGUUCGUGACGCCGGCGCGGUCGCAGCCCGGCCUGCCGCGCAUGCCGCGAGCCGGCUACGACCGCGAGCUAGGGCGGGACAGCGUGCUGCUGCGCGCCGCCAACAAUUACUACCCAGAAGGUGAGGGUGAAGGCGGAUGCAGUGAGUUCCCACCGCUGAUGCAGGCCAGGUCGUGGACCAGGGGCGUGCCGUACCGGGACAGCAUCAACCACGCCAAGCCCGCCGACUCCAUCGGCAACUGCUACACUCCGGCAACGAAAACGAUGCGCGGCCUUAAUAUGCCGCCAAAAAAGCGAGUACCACCGCAACUAUUCGGCCCUAUCGGACCUAAUGGGGAGCUGCAGUUCCCGCCGCUUAAGCCCUGGCACGAGAGGGAGAAGGAAAGACUCGACGCCAUCGAGAAAGAGAGGAAUAAAAGGACGCUGCCUAAAGGUUUAGUUUUGUUAGAAGACCUGGUUUCUGGAGCCUAUGACAGAAGAAAGGCAGAAGCGGCUGAAGCCAAACGAAGAAAAAUCGAAAAGAGGAAACAAGAGAAAAUCUCGGCCGAAAUAGCUGCCCAAGAGGCAUUAAAAAAACAUUUGGCAAAAUUGGAAUUCGAGCUGCCCCGCGACCCUGAUCAGCAGAAAUACGAGAUGUUGCGAAUCACCGAAGAGGAGCAAUACAGGCCCAUACACCCCAAGGAUUUAGAGAGGAUUCAGUACUAUUUGACCACGGCUAUAUCACCGAAGCACCUACCAGCUUACCCCGAGGAACUGUACAAGCGCGCCAAGGUGGUGGUAGACCGGCAGACCGCGGCAAUCAAGAAACGCUUGCUGAUACUGACAUACCAGGCGUGCGUGAGGCAAAGCGAGGCCGACAUCAAGGACUUCUUCACCAUGGCAAUGAAGAGAUGUCUGUUGUCAUACAUACUGGAGGAUCCAGCGGAGCGGGUGCGCCUGAGCAUCGCGUUCGUGCCGCCGCUGUGGCCGGCGCUGGUGGUGCGCGCGCCGGUGCCGUGGCACGCGGCGUACGUGCGCGCG